UGGUGUUUACAAGAAAUAAUUUUGAGAAUCCUCCCAAAAGGCCUCAAAAUGGAGGACCAAAGAAUUUUACCAAUUCUUCUCGUUUCAUGUUUCCUCUUUCUCUUUCUCUCUCCUGGAUUUGGAGUAGAAACGAUGAGAACUAUGGAACAGGCAGCCUCACUUACUCCACAUGAAAAGGAAAUGAGUGGAGGAAAAUGGAGAGACGUGAUGGUUGAUCAAUUACUUGAAGACUAUCAUGGUCCAGGACCUAAUAAACCAAGGUCUAUCACUGCUCCUAAUUCUGCAACACCUUCUUCCCCAAAAUUCCCCUGUUUCCUUCCUCUUUCAAUCCCCACUAACGCGCAAAACAGAGCUUCUUCAAAUACCCCUAAUUCGACAUUCAUACUCCAUCCAACAACAAUCACAAAAUUCAUUCACAAAUCACACAGCAAUACAAAAAUGAUGAAUCUCGGUCUCUACAACGUCUCCAUGGACGACAAAUCAACCCCACAAAACCCCUCUUUCCGAUUCCUCUUAAUCAUCGACUUCCUCCGUUUUCAAAACCUUGCCUCUUGGCUCUGUUCCUCCACCUCUACAAAACUAAAACAGAGUACUCCUCCGGCGUCCUCAAAAUCGGUGGAAUCCAGAGCCGAGGAGAGGCUGGUGAGUACAGAGGAGAUGAAAUGGGUUAUGGGGAAUUUAGGGAUUGAUUGUAGCGAAGGGUCCUCUGUUCCUCUGUUUGGGUCAGCGGAAGAAGUGGCGGAGAUGUUUGAUCAAACGGCGGCUAGUGUAGCGGAGGUGAAACAAGCUUUUGGUGUGUUUGAUGUUAAUGGCGAUGGGUUUAUCGACGUUGAAGAAUUGCAGAGAGUGAUGUGUGUUUUGGGAUUUAAAGAAGGAGAAGGGAUUGAGAAUUGCGAGAAGAUGAUUCGUAAGUUUGAUUCUAACAAAGAUGGGAGAAUUGAUUUUGAAGAAUUUGUUAAAUUGAUGGAGGCCGUGGUUUGAUUGUAAUUGAAAAGAUUGAAUUUUUUUAUUUAUUGAAUUGUUGUCUGUAGUGUGGUCGAAAAUGAAGCCUUCUACCCUUUUUGUGGUGUUCUUUUUUUGGGUAAAUGGAAUUGAAACUUUGGCCCAUUCUAUUUCACUAUGUAAUUUUCAUAUACACACACAUAUAUAAUACAAUGUUCACAUAUAUUUAUAUCUUCAA